AUGGCCACGCCGCUGCUCGACGAUCCCCCUGUCUCCUCCGCCCUCAAGGCUCAGGAUCCUCCCAGCGCAAACACCAAUAUCCCCGUUCCUUCCAAUGCUACAACAAUCCUCUCUCACGAUCCUCCGCCUACCGGGACCCAAGACCAGAUAGCCGCGGGCAUCGCUGCGCCGGCCGCCGACGCUGUCGCGAGGACUGUCGUGAUCAUCUAUGGGCAGAACCAAGAGCAUAUCGUACAACUGGUAGCGGAGAUUUUGGGCAAGCCAUGGACAACGGACACAUCGCUUGGGAAGAUUGCGCGAGCCAGCGAUGCAGUGGUUGUGGGGAUCCUAACGCACGAUCUAGCACGGAGCUUGCAAGGAUGUGAGCGAUCAUCCUUGGUUUUGGUAAACACGUACUGUGUGGAAGAUGGGUCUGCACCGGAAGACUCGCUCACCGAGCGCUGUGAUUAUGAGUUUUUAUAUUCGCGGAGUCCGUUCCUGCGCCGGGAUCUGUCGCGGUUUUUGUCGUUGAUUUUCGGUCAGACGAGGCCGCAUGAUGAUUUGCGGACGAAGACCAGGACGAAUUUUAUCUCGACUACUUUUCCUGAUGUGCAUGCUGCUUUGCCUAAUUUGGAUAUCCUGUCUGUGGGAUCUGAUGCUGUUGAAAUCCGUGUGGAUUUACUAGUUGAGCCUGUGCCGGAGGGUUGGACCAAUCCACCUGUUCCGAGUUUGAAGUAUGUGGGUCAGCAGUUGAUGCUGUUGCGGCAGCACACUGAGUUGCCGAUUAUCUUCACCGUUCGUUGUACAAGAGAGAACGGGAAGUUUCCGGUAGACGACCCUGCGCUCUUUUACAAGUACCUUCGCCGAGCGAUACAGUGGGGAGUUGAGUAUAUUGAUGUGGAACUGUGGCUGCCAGAAGAGAUCCGGCGCCAGUUGUUUGAGAAAAAGGGCCAUAGUAUGAUUUUAUCUGCGUUCCAUGACUUCUCUGGGACCUGGAAGUGGACAUCGGAAGAGGCGCAGCGCAUAUUUACGGAAAGCGCCAAAUACGCCGACAUCGUGAAGAUGAUCGCCAUGGUCCACACAAUCGAGGAGAACUAUGAACUAGAAUACUUCCGCUCUACCAUCAAAAGCCGCGGCUCAGGCCCACCCCUGUCAGCAGUCAACAUGGGCCAAAUGGGCCAGCUAUCUCGAGCCCUCAACACCGUCUUUUCUCCAAUCACCCACCCUCUCCUCCCAAUGAUCGCCGCUCCCGGCCAGCUCACCGCAGCGGAGAUCAAUGAAGCCCUACACAUAAUGGGCCAACUUCCGAAACGCGAGCUCUACGCCAUCGGCUCAUUCCGCUCAACCCCACACUCAAUGUUCAUGGAGAAAUGUCUAAACGAACUCGGCCUCCCCCACAACUUCACUUCAAUCGAUCGUGGCCCAAAGGGCUCCAUAGAACCCGUUCUCCUUCAACCGCACUUCGGCGGCGCCUACCUCAGCCCCCCAGUCCCAGCCACAACCGGUUUUAUCCCCGCAGUCAGUGACGCAGCCCGCGCAAUUGGGUUAGUCGACACAAUCGCCAUGACACCGGGCGACAGCGCACCAGGAACCUCCAGAUUCAUCGGUGAAAACGCCGCCUGGAAGGGCAUCCGCGCAACCCUGACGCGCGAAUACGUUCCAUCCGCAUACAGCAGCCGCGCAGCGAUCAUCCUCGCCGGCUCCCAAGCAGACGCUUCAGCGGCAAUCUUCGCACUACGCAGUCUGGCCGUUGGUACAAUCUACACAGUCGGAUUUAAAGCGAGUGGCCCGCUAGCUGCAGGUCUUGAGCCCUUCACAUCCAUCCAAUCCGUCAAAAGGGUUGAGCAGCCAUUUGUUAUUGUCUCUGCGCUGCCGCCGGAGAAAUCGCUACUCGUGCAACCUCUGCUAAGGCAUUAUGGUGUUAAUGGUCGUUCAUCGCCGCCUUCGACUCGUGGGAAGGUUUAUCUUGAUCUGACUAGUGGGCCGAGGAAGGGUGAUCCUUUGGCUGUUGCUACUAGUGCUGGGUGGACGGCGUAUGGGGUUGGAGAUGUCAGCGCUUGGACUACUGUUGAGACGCUGAGGUUGCUUGUUGGGCAGAAUGUGCCGUUUGACUUUGUGCGCAUGGCGUCUGGAAGGCCUUUGUUUUAG